AUGCACGCUCCCAGCUUCAUCGCUCUUCUCGCCGCCGUCCCUUCGGCCAUGGCUUGCCUUGGCUACACGGGCGGUGUGCCCAAGGCCACUGGGUCAAAGUCCCUGAGCGCGCCCAAGACUCUCAAGAAGGGCGAGGUCUUUGACGCCAAAUGGGUUCGAUACGACCGCGGUGUCAAGUGCACCGGUCAGAGUGAGGGUGGCGACGCGGAUGCCGUCUUCAUUCUCGAGGAGGGCGCUACGCUCCGCAAUGUUGUCAUCGGUGCCAACCAGAAGGAAGGCGUCCACUGCCUCGGCGCUUGCAACCUCGAAUACGUCUGGUUCGAGGAUGUGUGCGAGGACGCUAUCACCAUCAAGGGCAGCGGCAUUGCCAACAUCAUUGGCGGCGGCGCUUACCAUGGCUCCGACAAGCUCAUCCAGCACAACGGCUGCGGCCACGUCAACAUCAUCAACUUUUAUGCCAACGACUACGGCAAAGUCUACCGCUCCUGCGGCAACUGUAAGGGCAACUCCAAGUGCAAGCGAUCCGUCCACAUGGAGGGUGUCACCGCCGUCAACGGUGGCGAGCUCAUCGGCAUCAAUACCAACCUCGGAGACAAGGCUACCUACUCCAACAACUGCUACCCCAAGACCCAGUGCCAGGGCUACAACGGCUGUGACAAGUCCAACGGCGAGUGCGAGCCAACCAAGGCUGCCAAGUGCUAA